CUUCAAUGCCGCUUUCCUCGUCCUGAGGUUUAGAUUUCUCUACACACUCCCCAGGUGAGAGGAAUAUCCCCCGUCCAAGUCUCCCACGACACCACGACGACGUCGAGGCGGCCUGAACAGCUGAACUCCGUCUCGCGAGUCGCCCAGCCCGUCGGCACCACUCCAUACCACCCACUGCCGCCGCGACAACCACUUCACCACCGCGACCACCCGAAAAUAAUCAAAAUUCAAUCCCAUAUCCAUCAAGUUGUAGCACCGAAUCCCUUCCUCAUGGCGCUGCCAACCGACACCCCAUUCGACGUCACCCCAACCUAUGUCGUCUACCGCGACCUGCAGCCAGGAGAGCCUUUCGACCCCACCUCGGCUUUGCUCUUCUUCCCUCCAAAGGGCUCUGACGAGCUGUUCGAUGCUCUGCGAAUCGCCUUCCCUCAUCUCAAGACCCAUUCUGAGCGCAUGCGGGAUGCCAUCAUUCAGUUCCUGCUCGAGGAGCGCCAAGACGAGCAGCUCCAGGCUUCCCCAGCAAUGACCAUGGACAAUGCCCCAACUUGGCCUUCCAUGUCGUCUUCUGGCUCUGCGUCGGUAUUCAGCAGCCCAGACCUCCUUGACCUUCCCACGCCAACAUCCUUUGCGAACUCUCCUCAGGCACAGACUCCACAGCUUGCGCGCCAAGCUUCUGCGGCCACUUCCAGCAAGACCACUCCACCAUCACUCGAGCAGAUGACCGGUGUCUUCAGCUUGUCCGCUGAAGCACAGCCAAAGCAGAGAGUGCGCCGGAAAAUGACCGACGCCGAGAAGGCAGAGUACCGCAAACGCCGAAUCGUCAAGGCCUGCGACAAGUGCGCCAAGAGGAAGCGCAAGUGCCCUCACAACCAGUCACAGAUGGAGGAGAUCUCAACUGCGAAGUCCGUCGCAAAGAUUGCGAAGCCAGUAUCGCACAAAUCGAGCAAGCCUGCUCAGCAGACCAGCGAUAAGCUCAACAUGGCCGCUGCGAAUCAAUUUGCGGCCGCUGAGGGCUUCGAUUUCACCACUGAUCUGGACAUGAGCUCUUUCCAGACAUUCGACGACUUCCCAAUGUUCGACGAUUCCUUUACUCCAGAAUUCACUGUCGACAAUCUGCUACAUUUCGAGCAGCCUGGACCACACUUCCAGCCACAUGACUAUUUCUCGCCCAUCCUGGCACAAUCAGAACACCGAUCUUCUGGCGGCAUAGAACAUUCUAGCUCCACUCACUUCCAGCCCCAGAGCCCGCCGCAGCAGGUUCCUGGUGGCACGGGAGAAUUUGGACAGUUCUUUGCAGAAUUGAGUCCUCCGCAGGAUAGUAGGCACAGGUCUUCACAACCUGGAUCACAACAACAACCACGCCGCUUGAGCAUGCGGGUCUCUCACGGGGCUGAAGCUCAAAAGACCAUCUUGCUUGAAAUAGGUCAACAUCACAAUGGUAUACCACAGCAAGAUGGAGAACGAGACGCCAAUCACAACAACGGAGGAUUUGGCACAAUGCGCGAAAGUGUACGCUCUGGCCAGCAGAACACGCAGCCAACGCACACUUCACAUGUCCACAAAGCCGCUGGUCGUGAACUAUACCGCUUGGCAGAAGCGAAUGGAGCACUCGAGGCACCACGCUUGAAACCACCGACGCUGGCGCAAACCACAUUGAGGCUGAUAGGCACGACGAGAGCCCUUCGAGCGUUCGCGAAUCUGACUGGCUUGCAAGGCGGUCAGCAGUCACAACGCCCAGCAGUCUCCAUGCAACAUGCGGCUAUUGUGCUGAGAAAUACCAGUGAGCACCAGCUUGGUGUAGGCGCUGGCAGUCCGGAGCACUACGCUGCAUCCAGUCUGCAGACCAACCGGCACGCGAUUGUGACGAAUCGCGAAGGACUACAGCGACGCCCACCCUCUCGCGCUGUUGCCCCAGAGCUCAGAUUACAGACAUCUACCUCCGUGUCUCAAUCGGGUGGAAUCCGCAUCGGAUCCGCAGCUCUACCCCAAGGAAGGCCCCAUGCGUCGUCCGUCGCGCAAAAUCACGAGACGAUAUCGCUCUUCUCGUCGGAUCAAAAGUCGAAAGAAAGGGAACGUCACCUGCCCGCGAUUUCGCAAACAAAUGGCGAAGCCAACACAAGCAACAAGCCUGUACUACAACUACAAGGCAGAACGCAACCAACACUUGGCCAAGGAAUCGCGAAUCUCGGCAGCAUAUCAACAGAGCUGUACAUGCUUCGCCGUCGUCCUCGCAAAUCUGGAACAAACCAGAACCACCGCCAUACUUCCACCGCCGUCAACAACGAGAAUGCGCCUCUCGCAGCUCACGCCGACGGCGGUGCGUACCCAAGGCUUCAACCCAGAGACUCUCACGCUGCUGCAAACAACUCCGGCCGAACACCUUCCAUCGCCGCCACUCCCGCCUACAUCGUCGGUACGUCGUCUACCACUUCGACCGAACUUGCAAGAGCGAGUGACCACAUGCGCUACCGUGAUCACCACGGUAGAACGGACCUAUAUGGCAGAGCAGCAGAGACCAAGAUCCCGCAGGGAGACCGACUGCGCGAUUACUUCAAAGUCAAGGAUCAUCUUGGCCGCAACUUCACUGCCACGGCGAUCAUGCUGCUUGUGGGACUUUGUCUCGCCAGUGCUUUGCUUUCUGCUGGAGCUUUCUUCUCACCUGCUCUCGCUUGCUUCGCCGCCUACUCGUUCUACCUCUCGUCUGAGAUGGCAGAAAAGAGAACGCGGUUGCCAAGUAUUGUGCGCAGAGUGAUGGAACCUCGCUCUCACGAAGGCAAAGAGGUCGACAACCAGGUCUCUUUGACGCAGAACCAAAUUUUGGCAAAGUGGCUGUUGUAUCCUUUGGCUCAUGCACCGUUGCGAUUGGCUACUCUGGUCUAAAAGGGAAGGAAUAGAAGAGAAAGAAGGAUUUUCUGGCGUUUGUUAAAAGUGUUUGUGCGAUUAUGUUGCGUUUCAGCGGCUGGACCUCGCCUUGGAUCAUGAAGAUCCAACAGGCUUGAGUGAUCCCUUCGUCUUUUCAUAGCAGUCUCCUAUAUUUAGUCGGUUGUUCUCGAUCCAACCUUUGAACUUUACAUAGAUUACAACCCCAGCACCGAGAACAACGGGCUGCUACAAAAACAAACACGAC